AUGAGAUUCGGUACUACUGUCGCGGCUUUGCUGUCGCUGGCCCCAAGCCAUGGAUGGGCCAAGGGAAAGAAGCUUGACUCUAAGAAGAUCCAAGCAGACAUGAAGACCAAGAACCUCAUGGCAAACCUGGAGACUUUCAACGACAUUGCCUUUGCCAACGGUGGAAAUAGAGCCUUUGGUCUACCAGGAUACGACGCUUCAGUCGACUACGUCUUCAAGCGCAUCUCCAAAGUCAAGAACGCAAAAGUCUGGAAGCAGAAUUUUCCCGCGCUGUUUGCUCUCGUCGACUCCAUCGAAUUGACCGUCGACGACAAGCCCAUCUACGUCUACGGCCUAACCUACUCCCCCUCCACCAGCGCAGAGGGCAUCACCGCCGAGAUUGCCCUGGGUCCUGAGGGCGCUGCUGGUUGCGACGCUGCCUCGUACGACGGCCUCGACGUCAAGGGCAAGAUCGUUCUUGUGCAGCGUUUCAGAUGUCCCACCGGCGGAACCCUCGCUGGAAGAGUCAUCCCUGCGGCUGCGGCUGGUGCUUCUGCCGUUAUCAUCUACCACGAUCUGACAACUAAUGUCACCGCUGGUUCUCUCAGUCAGCCCGACCCGGAGAAGCACGUGCCCGCUGGGUUUAUCACCUUGGCUGAUGGAGUGAAGCUCAAGGACAGGAUUCAGGCUGGAGAGACUGUUGAGGCGCAUUUCCAGCAGACGCAGACCAUUGAGGAGAGGAUUACCCAGAAUGUUAUUGCUGAGACUACGGGCGGCGACCCUCGCAAUGUUAUCAUGCUUGGUGCCCAUCUUGACAGCGUGCAAGCUGGCCCUGGUAUCAACGACGACGGCUCCGGCUCAUCUCUGAUCCUCGAGCUCUUCCUCGCCCUCUCCAAGUACAAGACCAAGAACAAGAUCCGCUUCGCCUGGUGGGGAGCCGAAGAGAACGGUCUCCUGGGCAGCAAGCACUACACCUCGACCCUUGCCGCCAAAGAUGUUAACAACCUCCUCGUCUACCUCAACUUCGACAUGGUCUCCAAGGGAUUCUUUGGCGUUGCUGACACCGACGGAAGCUCCCACGGAUCAAAGGCCCCCAAGGGCUCCGAGGUGACCGAGAAGAUCUUUUCCGAGUACUUUGCCAGCCAGGGCAUUGAGACUACUCCUGCUGUUUUGAGCAAUGGUAGUGAUUAUGCGCCUUUCUGGCAGAAUCUGAACAAGCCUUUUGGUUUCCUACACACUGGCACGGCUGUUGAGCAGGAUCCUUGCUACCAUCAAGCUUGCGACACGAUCGACAACCCAGACUCCAAGACACUAACCAUCAACGCCAAGGCCGCUGCCCAUAUUCUCUCUGUUCUUGACGAGAGAGGAACAAAGCUUAUCCCCAAGACCAAGAUCAGCGAGGCCUCGCUCAAGGGUCUGCAGCAGAGAAGUGUUGGACCUGAUCUGGCUCAGAUCGAUGAGCUGGAGGCUAUGGGUAUUAGACAUUUGGGAUGUGGUAUUCAUGAGAUCUAA